AUGGCUUCUAUUUCUAGACCAUUCUCAUCUCUUCCUGUCUUUCUCCUCCUCGUCAUCUUCUUCUUCUCCUCCUCUCCGCCGUCUACGGCGGAGGUAACCACUUCAACAACUAUUCAAUCCGACUCUAUCUGCAAAUCCACCCCUCAUCCUUCAUUCUGCACAUCCGUACUCCUAAAUAAUCAUUCGGGGGGUAACAUCUAUGAUUACGGCAAGAUCUCAGUUCGUCGAUCAUUAUCAGCAGCAUCUAAGUUUCUGGGUUUGGUGAAUUGGUAUCUUGGACGCCAAUCCUCUUUAUCCUUAUCUGCCAUUAGAGCACUUGAAGAUUGUAAGCUCUUAGCAGAACUCAACAUUGAUUUCUUGUCAAGCUCAGCUAAAACCGUCAAUACUUCAACAACAACUACACUCCCAAAAUCAGAAACAGAGGAUGUUCAUGCCCUGCUUAGUGCAAUACUGACAAACCAGCAAACUUGCUUAGAUGGCCUUCAAUCUACUGCCUCAGCUUGGAAUGUGAAGAAUGGUCUCUACACUCCUCUUACCAAUGGAACCAAACUUUACAGUCUUUCUCUUGCACUCUUCACCCGUGGAUGGGUUCAUCAUCAAAAGGAGAAACCCAAUCACAAAACAGAGAAAAAACAGAGGAGGAAGCUCUUAUUCUCUAGCAUGAGAAUGUCAAGGAGAAACCAGGAGAUCUAUGAGAAUGUGAGUGGAAGGAGACUUCUACAGACGAGUAUGGGGGGUGAUGCAGUGGUGGUGAGAGACAUGGUUGUGGUGGCUAAGGAUGGAAGUGGGAAUUUUACUACCAUUAAUGAUGCAGUGGCUGCAGCUCCAAACAAUACUAAUAUCAACGAUGGUUAUUUCCUUAUUUAUGUGGUUGCUGGGGUCUAUGAGGAGUAUGUGUCUAUAGACAAAAACAAGUUGAAUAUUUUGAUGAUUGGAGAUGGUAUUAACCAUACCAUUAUCACUGGCAACAGAAGUGUUGCUGAUGGCUGGACUACUUUCAAUUCUGCAACCUUUGCCGUGGUUGGACAAGGAUUCAUCGGAGUAAAUAUGACUAUUCGCAACACCGCUGGAGCGAUUAAGUACCAAGCAGUGGCACUUCGAAACGGCGCGGAUUUAUCGACAUUCUAUAGUUGUAGCUUCGAAGGUUACCAAGAUACAUUAUACACCCAUUCCCUCAGGCAAUUCUAUAGAGAAUGCAACAUAUAUGGCACAGUUGAUUUCAUAUUUGGUAAUGCUGCAGUGGUCUUUCAAAAAUGCAAUUUAUAUGCAAGGCAACCCAUUCAAGGCCAAUUCAAUGCCCUCACAGCCCAAGGUAGAACAGAUCCGAACCAGAACACUGGCACUUCAAUUCAAGGUUGCAAUAUUCUGGCCGCACCAGAUUUGAUUUCUAGCAAUUUUUGUACCAAAACAUACUUGGGAAGACCUUGGAAGGCUUAUUCAAGAACUGUUUAUAUGCAAUCAUUCAUGGAUAGCUUGAUAGAUCCUUCUGGUUGGGCACAAUGGAAUGGUAGCUUUGCUUUAAGUACUUUGUAUUAUGCUGAGUUCAAUAAUACAGGGCCAGGAUCUAAUACUACUAAUAGAGUUACAUGGUCCGGAUACCAUGUGAUCAAUUCUACAGUUGCAGCUAAUUUCACUGUCUCCAACUUCAUAUUGGGGGAUAAUUGGCUACCCCCAACUGAGGUUCCUCACACUGGUGCCUUACUGUAGAAAGUCUAGAUUGG